UCCUCUUGCACAUCAUUCUGUGUGUUUGCUACAGAUUAUUCGGGUCCGGAACGGCAAUUUGUGUCUCUUGGAAGACUUUUUGUCUGCAAACUAAGUACAGCUGUUUCUGACGUAACUACAUCAAAUCAGAAGACAAUGAUUUAUCUAUCGCUUUUUUACUUAGGUUUAAUGAUGAUUCCUGAGAUACAAGGAUGGUCAUAUUUCUAUUCAUCAAGAAUUAUGAAUUAUACUACAGCCAGAGCAUAUUGUAAAGAGCAUUACACUGAUAUUGUCGCAAUUCAAAAUCGAGAGGAGAAUGAUUACCUGAACAGCAUCCUACCAUUUACAAACAAAUACUACUGGAUAGGAAUUCGCAAGAAGGACAGUCAAUGGACAUGGGAGGGAACCAACAAGGUUCUAACCGAAGAGGCAAAAAACUGGGCAAAAGACGAACCAAAUAAUGGAAAUGCUGAUGAAGACUGUGUGGAGAUGUAUGUAAAAAGGCUACGCGAUAGUGGGAAGUGGAAUGAUGAAUCCUGCAAAAAAGAAAAAGUGGCUUUGUGUUACAUAGCUGCAUGCAAUGCGUCUUCUUGCAGUGGACAUGGUGAAUGUAUUGAAACAAUUAAUAACUACACAUGCAAGUGCAACGAAGGAUUCUAUGGGACCCAGUGCGAGAAUGUUAAAACUUGUGACCCCUUGGUGGCAUCAGAAAAAGGAUCGUUUGAUUGUCUUUCUCCCAAUGGCAACUACAAGUAUGGGGCAUCUUGUGAGUUCCAAUGUGAAGAAGGUUACAUUAUGCAUACCGUAAAUACUGUUAACUGUACUGCCAAUGGGUGGACGUCAAAACCUCCUACAUGUCAAGUUUCAGAAUGCACUAAUCUGAAUGCCCCACAUAAUGGACAAAUACAUUGUGCUGGAUCUUUUGGUGAUUUCAUGUACAAUUCAAGCUGCAAAUUCUCCUGUGAUGAGGGUUUUGAACUGAUUGGAAACCAGGAACUCCGGUGUGAGAAGAACUCAAAUUGGAAUGGCUUAGAACCACAUUGUGAAGCCAUUAGGUGUCCGACAAUAAAUGUCCCUGAAAAUGGAUCAGUCAUGUGCAGUCACAUUAAUGGGAACUUCUCAUACAACUCAUCUUGUGAAUUCACAUGUUCAGAAGGAUUUGUCUUAAAUGGCUCUGAAUAUCUUCAUUGCACAGCAAACGGAGAAUGGACAGAUCAAAGUCCAACUUGUCAAGCUAUUCUUUGUGAACGUCCACAGAAGUCUGUUAAUGGAGAUAUGAGCUGUUCAAGUACUGGGAGCAGCCUUACAGAAAACUCUGAAUGUCAUUUUGAAUGUAAAGAAGGCUUUACCUUGGUGGGAUCUGACUCGAUACUUUGUGUAGCACCUGGUCAAUGGACAAAAGAAUCCCCAAAGUGUCAAGCGAUGGCCUGUCCAUCUCUUUCAAACCUCAAACACGGAACAAUGGGAUGUGUGGAUGAGUUUGGAGAAUUCCAGUACAACUCUAAAUGUACUUUUACAUGCAACGAAGGCUUCAUCUUAACUGGCUCAGAUUCAAUACACUGCUCUUCAUCUGGGUCUUGGACUUUUUCUAUACCGUUGUGUGAAGCAAUGACCUGCCCAGUUCCUCCAACACUUGAGCAAGGAUCUAUGGAAUGUGAACAUGAAUUUGGAGAAUUCCAGUACAACACAAAAUGUAACUUUACAUGCAAUAAAGGUUUUAGCUUAAUUGGCUCUGAAUCUAUACACUGCUCCUCAUCUGGGACCUGGUCUUCUGAUGUACCCACAUGUCAAGCUGUGACCUGCCCAGUUCCACCAAUGCCUGACCAUGGGUCAAUGGAGUGUGUGGAUGAAUUUAUAGGAAAUGAGUACAACUCAACAUGUAUGUUUACAUGCAACGAAGGUUUCAUCUUAACAGGUUCAGAAUCAAUACACUGCGCCUCAUCUGGGUCAUGGAGUUCAGAUGUACCAACCUGUGAAGCUGUAAUCUGCCCAUCUCUUUCAAACUUCGAACAUGGAUCUAUGGAAUGUGAUUAUGAAUUCCAGUCCAACUCAAAAUGCACAUUUAAAUGCAAUGAAGGCUUCAUCUUAACUGGAUCUGAGUCAAUCAACUGCUCUUCAACUGGGUCUUGGAGUUCUGAUGUACCAACAUGUCAAGCAAUACAGUGUAUGACUUUAGAGACUCCGGAAUAUGGCCAAGUACAAUGCAACAGGGGUUUUGGUUAUCACUCUAGGUGUACAUUUACCUGUUCAGAAGGCUUCAAGAUGAUUGGAUUAUCAGAUCUCCUUUGCCUAGUUUCUGGACAAUGGACUUCUCCUGCACCGACAUGUGAAGCGAUGGAAUGCCAAAGACUCGUGGCUCCGUAUAUAGGUAAAAUGAAUUGCACGCACCCUGCCGGAGAAUUUAAAUUUGGGUCCGUGUGCCGAUUUGACUGUGAAAAGAAUUCCGUGCUCAAUGGAACCAGCACGCUUGAAUGUGACAGUGCUGGUAAAUGGAGUGCCCCUCUACCAACCUGUGAAGCUAAGACGGUAUUAUCUGAAUCUGUGAAUAUAACGAUUGGCGUUGUCAGUACUGCUACUCUUUUAUCAACAGCAUCUCUUCUAAUAUGGCUACUAAAGCGUUUUCGGAAAACAGCAAAGAAAUUUUCUCCUUCAAGUAGUUGUCAAAGUUUGGAAGCCGCAGGUGUAUAUCAAAACACAGAAGAAAAUGCUUACGGAAUACACAGUAAGGUUGGUGAACUUCCAUGAAGACAAUCGGAAGAUGCACUCGAUGUCUAUGGGACUGGCUACUGAUUGAUAUUGCUGGCUGUUGAAAAUGUCAAAACUUUUUGAAACCCUCUGCUGGAACCCAGAGCUCUCCUAUGUAAAUCUGUUAUUUUAUCUUCAGUUUUGAAUUUCCAGACUUAAAUGAUCACGUAUUUACUAAUUUACGUAUUUAAAUUAAAUUUAAAUUCCAAUUGCUUUUUUUUUUUUUUUUAUGUCAAAUAUUUGAAUUAAGGCAUAAAAAGCUGGUGGCUAGCAUUUUUUUUUUUAUAGAAAAUCAUGCUAUAUGUUCCAGUGAUCUGUACAGUUAUUUUAUGUUGAGGUGAAUACAGUACUGUUUUCACAUGCACUUUAAAAAAAAAAAAAAAAAAAAGUGUUUAAACCUGUAUACUCUGUAGCAAGAAGGUAUACAUAAUAUAUAAAGUACCUGUUUAUAACAGCAUUAGUAGUAAAUUCUUCCCUAUGGGACAGAUAAGCAACAGAUAGAUUUUGUACUUUUUAUACUGUAUUUUAUAAAAUUGUUAUAUAUUUCUAUAUAUUUUGUGACAGGGAUAUUUUUACUCUGAAAGAGUGCAGGGGACUUUAAUUCAGAGUAAUAUUUUUUUUUUAAAUGAUAUAUUAUGUAAUUCUGCAUUUUUAAAGGGAUACUCAAACCAUCAUGACCACUUCUGUUUUUAAAGUCGUCAUGGUGGUAGGAAUCUGGAUUAUUCCAGGGAUAUUUUUAAUAGUGAGCUGGGGCCAACCUGCACUCUGUUCCGGGCUGCCUAAUGUCAACUCAUAACAGAGGUAACAGCUUGUCUCCCCUCCCUCCAACACUGAUUAUAGCCCUCCCCACCCCUCUUGUCGUUGUUAUAUUCCGUAUGGAAUUUACUGUAUUUCAAAUAUGUCCAUUCUGUAAUUGUAAAUCACCAAAGAAUACGUUGGCGCUUUAAAAAUGUUAACAACAAUAUGUUGCUGCAUACAGACAAACAAGAUAUUUUUACUUGUUUUUAAAUCUUACAUGAAUACUUUAAAAAAUCUUAGUCUACCUGAACCAAUUCUUACCCGGAUUUAAUUUUUUUU